AUGGCUUCUGGCAAGUUCUACGAGCUCUUUGAGCCUCCAUUUCUCCACUGGAAAAAUGGGAGACCUCCUGAGUACCCAGGGUCGACUUAUUCUUUAGGUGUUCCUGCUGUGCCCGGGGGCUUGCUGGACCUCAAGUCCAUGAUUGAGAGGGUGACUGGGAAGAACGCCUUGACGAACUACGGCUUCUAUGGCUGCUACUGUGGCUGGGGCGGUCGGGGGACCCCCAAGGACGGCACGGAUUGGUGCUGUUGGGUGCAUGAUCACUGCUAUGGGCGGCUGGAGGAGAAAGGCUGCCACACCCGGACACAGUCAUACAAAUACAGAUUUUCACGGGGACUGGUCACCUGUGAGUCCGGGCCCCCCUGCCAAGCACAGCUCUGCGCCUGUGACCGGAAGCUCGUCUACUGCCUGAAGAGGAACCUAAGGAGCUACAACCGUCGCUACCAAUACUUUCCCAACAUCCUCUGCUGACCAAGACUUUUGUCCCCUUCUCCUACAACACGGAGCCC